CCUAGAAAAUAGAAAUAGAAAAUCAUAAUUAUUCAAUCAAACAACUGUGAAAAUAUCCUAGAGAAUUUUCUGUUUCGGAAUAUGGGAGUGUUUGAGGCUUUUCAAGUGAAUCAAGGAGUAAACCAUGUUGCCUAACUGGAUUAUAUCAAGUAAUACAAACAGAGCAUUAUUAAUAUAGUAUUUAAAAUAUUGUUUUCUACAUCAAAAUUCAUUCAGUAUGAUGACAUCAGAAGAGUCAGAUUCAUUAAACACAGUUCCAUCCGAAGGUCAUGCAGAGGAUUUGUCAGCCUCGGGCACUGAAGAAGCUCCAUCGUCUAUGGUGUCAAGUGAGGCUGAGUCAGAGGGCAGCAUACUAUCAGAAUCCCAUCGACAUGAAGUUGCGGAUGGCCAAGCAUAUACAGAACAAGGAACAGAUCAUGGGCAAGGCUCUCAAGAUAAGGCAUUAGGUUCUUCAAAUGAUUUGAAAACUAAUGUGACACCAUAUAUUUCUUCACGAAGUCCAAUGUUACCAUGGGGUCCAUACAAAGGCACUACGACCGCGCUCGAUUCAGAUUUACGACCUGGGGAAUUUGUGAUGCGACUUCUCUUCACAGAGUUUACUGUACAAGCUGAACGAAAAAUGGAAGCCGUUAUGGCUGAACCUCCGGAAAAGCCAUUGAAUAAGACACUGCAAAGGGGCGAAGACCCACAGCUGGAUCAGAUCUUAUCUGCAUUUGGCACAGUGGCAGAGCAUUGCUUGCCGUCGCUAUUGCGUGCGCUGUUCGGCUGGCUCGAGCGGCAAAUGGCGGACUCCCCACAACUCAGUGAGCAGGCUAAAAGGCCACAGCAGGAUCUCAGAAAUAAGAGUAUAAUCUACAUUGUGUCGGGAAGUGGAGCAGGCACAGAACAAGUAGAGCGCAGCAGUGAAGAGAUAUACGCGGAACGGCGUGAUCUGGCUGUAGAGUUUCUCUUCUGUCUAGCAUUGAUCGAAGUUUUAAAGCAACUGUCUUUCCACCCGGGACACGAGGAUUUGGUUCAUUACAUAGAGAAUGUCGCCUUCAAACAUUUCAACUACAAAGAAGGAUUGCAAUCGAACCCAAACGCUGCAAAUAUACAUAUAAUAGCUGAUUUAUACGCCGAAGUUAUUGGAGUGCUCGCUCAGUCGAGGUUUGCGUCGGUCAGAAAACGAUUCACAGCUGAAUUAAAGGAGCUUAAGAGUCGAGAGCAAUCACCACACACAACUCAGAGUAUCAUAUCUCUGCUGAUGGGAAUGAAGUUCUUCCGGGUGAAGAUGGUCCCGAUUGAAGAGUUCGAGGCGUCAUUCCAGUUUCUCACCGAAUGCGCUCAGUACUUUCUGGAAGUCAAAGACAAGGACAUACGGCAUGCGUUGGCUGGUCUCUUCGUAGAGAUCCUUGUGCCAGUUGCAGCGACGGUGAAGAACGAAGUAAAUGUGCCGUGUCUCAAGAACUUUGUUGAGAUGUUGUAUAGCCACACACUGGAUGCUAGCACUAAGUCAAAACAUCGACUCGCCUUGUUCCCGCUGGUGACAUGCCUCCUCUGCGUCUCUCAGAAACAGUUCUUCCUUGCGAAUUGGCAUUGUUUCCUAGCGAUGUGCCUCUCCCAUCUCAAGAACAGAGAUCCGAAGAUGUGUCGAGUUGCUUUAGAGUCUCUCUAUCGUCUUCUGUGGGUGUACAUGAUAAGAAUUAAAUGCGAAAGCAAUUCGGCGACCCAAUCCCGCCUGCAAAGCAUCGUCAACUCUCUGUUUCCGAAAGGGUCGAAAGGCGUAGUGCCACGUGACACUCCACUCAAUAUAUUCGUAAAAAUUAUACAGUUCAUCGCUCAAGAAAGAUUAGAUUUCGCGAUGCGAGAGAUAGUCUUUGAUUUACUUAUGGUGGGUCGUCCCAUAAAAAUCAUAUUGACUCCUGAGAGAAUGUCAAUUGGAUUGCGAGCGUUUUUGGUGGUAGCUGAUAGUUUACAGCAAAAAGAAGGCGAACCACCAAUGCCCAGAACUUCAGGUACCUUGCCGUCAGGGAAUACAUUACGCGUGAAGAAAACAUUUCUGAAUAAGAUGUUAACAGACGAAACGGCUCGGUCCAUUGGAAUGAGCGCAUAUUUCCCGUAUGUAAGACGGGUCCUUGUGGAAAUAUUGCGGGCCUUAGACGCACAUUAUGGCAGGCCUCUGAUGCUGACGAAUACACAGAACGUAACUAAGGAACAGGAGAUCAACACGGGUGAGAGGAAGCCGAGGAUUGACCUGUUCAGAACCUGCGUAGCAGCUAUUCCAAGACUGAUCCCAGAAGGUAUGAGCCCCAGUGAGCUGGUAGAUCUGCUCUGUCGGCUGACAGUUCACAUGGAUGAAGAGCUUCGAGGACUUUCCUUUCAAAGUCUACAGACAUUGAUCGUGGAUUUCCCCGAAUGGAGGCAAGACGUUCUUGCGGGCUUCACUCAGUUCUUGGCCAAAGAAGUUCAGGACACGUCGCCUCAACUUGUUGAGAAUGGUCUGCGAAUGCUACUCCAGCUGCUAACAUCAUGGAAGAACGGUGAACCGGUGACAAGUGCACCAUCCAAGCCUGAACCAUUGGCGUCGGUGAUCAGAGGUGCUGAAGCCCUAGGUCUUGUCAUGUUAUGUCAGGGUAAAACAUACCCCAGGAGGCUUGCUGUUCAUAUUCUAAGAGAAAGCAAAUAUCUUCUUGAGCGUCUACAGUUGACUCGUGAAGAGCCCGCGUUGAUAGAUGCGGCGGACGAACACGUGUCGCACUUCGCGGACAAAUGUCUGUCAGUGUUGCCACCUACCGAGAAGCAGGCGGUGUUGUCAGCCUCGCAAACAGAUCUACUGUGGCUGACGGAACGGACACACCCCGUAUGGACUGCUGGUCUCCAGUAUGAUGAAGCUUCAUCUAAAAAUAGCUGGAGUGGCAGUUCGUCUAACGGUGCUGAUCCUUGGGAGAUUGUUCUGUUUGGACUCUUGGAAAAGAACCGCGUGCCAGCAAAAUGCCCAACAACAGUGCUUCAGGCGUGGCCAAUACUCCACGCAAGGAUUCACGCUUUGUACACCAUCAUAGAACCAGCGCCCGUAAAUGACAACCGUGCAUCGCUGCUUUCACGGUCUCCGGCGUUGCCACGCAAACCCGAGAAAGAGCGAGACGGCUAUAUGCAAGUGUGGAAAUAUUACGUUACGAUGGCAUAUUUAGUUGUGCCCGCAGUUUCGAGCCCGGUGAUUCGAUGCGCGAGUCCCGAUCUCAGCCUCAGUACAACGGGAGAGGGAGAGGGUUGGAUUGGGCAUGGCCACGGCCACCUCGCUUCAUCGACCGAGAGCCUCAACGCGCCGGUCGGUUUCUUCACGCUGCCCUUGAGCUAUGCGCGCGCGCACAGACAACACAAACGGACGAGUUCGUCGCCGGACUCUCUAAGCGAGCGAAGCGGUGGCGAAGCACGAGCGACGCAGGCGACACCUAGUUCAUUGCAUAAGCUAGCCGUCCCGCUCGCAAGAUGUGAGGUGCCGGAAGUAAGAGAUGUGGCUGUAGCGGCAUGUGGUCAUAUUAACCCGGACGCGCUAAAGGAUUUGUUCGAGGAGCUAGUGCCACUGUUACGAGAGGCCGUUGACAAGAAACAGGAGAAUAUGCGACGCAGAAGACGACGAGACGCUCUCCGCUUACACCUCAACAAAAUGUUACUUAUCAUUGCUCAGAGGAAGACUUUUGCUACAAGCACAUUUGCAAUUGAGGGAGAUGGUCUUCACUCUUCUCUCACUGAAUAUCUUGACGGUGUUCGCCAAAGUCUGGAAAUCGAAGGAGAAAAGGACGCGCCAGCUGCGAGGGAACAAAGACUCACAUUUGCUGACUUUGUCACCGAGCUUAUCAAAGGAUUCCCACUGGAGAUGUACAGCACGCUGUUGAAAAGAGAGUUAUGCAGGAGUUUGUUCUCGCUGUUCGCGGGAUGGUGUGGCCCGCUGGUGAAACAUCUGGGCACUCUGGUGCCGCAGCCUCCAAGCCCUGAGCUGGAUGAGAGGCUUAAUGUGGCCGCGUUAAGGGCUAUGAGCGCUCUAGUAUGCUGUGGACCAUGCUUUGCACCAAGCGCGUUGGCUGAGGAUGGCUCACUCUAUCCAUGGCUGAGUGAAAUGCUCUCUUCAAAUAACGACAAGGUUUACGAGCUGGCGCGUGAAACAAUCGUUUUGUUGCUGGAAUGUAAUCCGGACAUCGGCCCACUAUUGGACUGGACUGUGGACAAAUGCUUCACCGGGGCGCCACGAGUUGCAGAUGGCUGCUUCAUGGCUCUAGCGACUAUAUUCAGUGCACGGGAGUACCCCUGCGACCACUACACGGCCAUAAUCAACGUGACCCUUAUGUGCACGGGGUGUCCACGCGCGCCUGUCCACGAAAGCGCAUUACAACUACUGCAGCUGCUUGAUAAGAGAUUCUUUGGAACAGUUGGUCCACUCCACUCCGAAGAAGAGAAUGGUUCGGAGAAGGGGCGCGGCACAUUGGAUGUUUUGCUAUGCACAACCUACUGCAGAUCUCAACUCUACCUCUCCCGUCAACUCUCGCAGUUACACCCGGAGCUUACAAUGCCGAUGUUCUCAGAAAUAACAGCACGUUUCCAGACAGCGAGGACGGAGGUGCGCCAUCUCUUAUUGCAGUAUCUUCUACCGUGGCUAGUCAACAUCGAGCUAGUGGAUCCUAACGUGCCUCCAGCUAACCCACUCUCAUACAUACAGUAUUACGGUGCCGAGGGUGGACGAACGACACGUCGCGAAGGGCUCGGCUCUGUGGAGGCAACAGAGAUGGUUCUCAACAAUCUCUUCUACAUCACGGUCAAGUUUUCGGAUCAACAUCCCAAAGAGAUUGAAGAGUUAUGGUCAACGCUGUGCGCCUGUUGGCCCAACAAUCUCAAAGUUAUCAUCCGGUACCUCAUCAUCGUUUCCGGAAUGGCACCCAACGAACUUCUACCAUAUGCAAAACGCGUUGUUUUGUACCUCGCCCGCUCCCGCCCGGAGAGACUCCUUGAUGAAAUGAUGACAGAACUCCAAACUGUUGAGACGCUCAACUGCCUAAUAGAACGUACAGAGACGCCACCUUUCUACCGUCUAACGUCAAUGCGGAAAGCCACGUCUGGGCAUAGUGAUGGACCUGGCACUGGUUCACAGGAUGCUACUGGACGCACGUGCGAGUUGGCACCAGUUGAAAAAGGAACUAUACAUACCAAGAGGCACAGCGGGGAAGAUCCGGCUAAGGCAGCUAGUGUUAAAUCGGAAACACCGUGCCGUAGUCAGGACAAAAGAGCAUCUGCUCUUCCUUGCACAACCCCGCCAGCCGAUGAGGAACCAACAUCGCCUUCUGAUGGAGAUGCUACACCGACCGGCAUAUGUCCGGAGCUUGGUGUCUGCGGAAGUGUUCCAACAACACCCCAAGAAGCGCGCGUGGACAUGCAACAACCACGGCCCCUGCCGAUGCCUGAGUACGGAGGAUUCUUCGCACUCCUGACCGAGUACUUGCCUGACAACAAUCAGCCUGUUUCUGGAUUCCACAGGUGUAACGUGGCUGUAAUGCUCCUGUGUGACGUAGUUCUGGAUGGUGUUGAGUUAGACUGGUCAAUCCAUGUGCCACUAAUGCUGCAUAUAGUCUUCCUGGGAAUGGACCACACCAGAUGGAUUGUGCAUCAACAUUGCCGGCAACUGCUGCUCAAUCUUCUGGUAGCGGUCGCGGCGCAUCAGGACCACCUCACAAUUGCGAGGAUACUGCUGGCUGCGAGAUCUGCUCCGCUGCAGCCCCCACAGACUGCCACACCGCAUAAAUUUACCGAACCUGAUACCGUCUACGAUGGACACGCACCUUGCGGUCAUUCUCCGCGGGCGCACGUGCGUUCCCUCUCCUCCGACCCGCAGAUUACGCCAGAAGGCGACGGUGAUAACUAUCCCUCACUACCAGUGAUCGUAACGAGCGACGAGACAGUCCCCGCGGCCGCCGCGGGGGGUGAGGCUUGCGAGGCGCAGGGAGGGGAGGAACAGCCUGUCGCUGACGUCAUCAAAAGCUUGGUGCACUUCCUAGCCAACAGACCAUCACAUCAACCGCUUUGGCAAUACGAGGAUAUUACCGCGAAAGUUUGGUCGCUGCGAAGCUGCCAGCAGAUGGCGACACUGCUGCGUCACGUGCUGCGCAUAUUCCGCGAGUCGUUGCCACACGCGCUGAUAUCAGAGCGGUGGGCCCAGACAGCCCUACAGUUGGGACUUUCUUGUCCUUCCAGGCACUAUGCGGGACGAUCACUGCAGGUAUUUCGCUUCAUCGGUGUAGCGAUGACUGGUCGGAUGGUGUCCGACAUUCUGUCUCGUCUGGUGGAGACAGUCGCGGAACAGGGUGAAGAUAUGCAAGGCUACGUCACCGAGUUACUCCUGACGCUCGAGGCUGCUGUCGAUUCACUUGAGUCUAACUUCAGACCGCUGGACUAUAUGAGGGAUAUCUUCAAAUCGACGCCAAACCUGAACAAUAAAGAGGGACAACCGACAAAUGGCAACGUUUAUAAUGCUGGAAAGCGAUCUCCCGGUGUAUGCGUGGGCUGUGUGAACAACCACACACGGAGCACCAGCUACUCGGUGUCAUACUGCGUGAGGAAGAGCAACGCGCCACCAUCUUCCUCUUCUGACAGACAAUCCCAUGAAAGUCGAACGCGUCCUUGCAGUGAGGCGGCGAAAGGCGGUUGUUCGAAUCUGUGCCGAUCGAGAUCUGCGCAAUCUCUCAAACUGCUGGGUGACACGGCUACUCAGGACGACAAGCUAACGAUCCUGGCGACGGUAUUCUGGGUGGGCGCCUCUUUGCUGGAGUCAGACUACGAGCACGAGUUUCUGCUGGGUGUACGGCUCCUGUCGCGUGUAAUGUCGCGCUUACCGCUCGACCGACCAGACGCGCGGGAACGACUCGACCGUACGCAAGUCCACGCCCCACAAUCACCAACCUCGCUGCAUGUUCUAUUACUCAAGGGUUGUACACAUCCCAAUACCUACGAACCUGUAGUAGGCGUGUUAGUGGAUAUGAUCCCACUUCUGGAGCUGCCUGUGAUCGACCCUACUCAGUCACUAGCUUUCCCCAUGACGGUACUGGCACUCCUACCCUACAUGUUACUGCACUACGAGGACGCGAAUGAACUAUGCGUGCGCGCCGCAUGUCAUAUCGCACAGUUCACAGCUGAGAAGAGCAAGAAACUGGAGAAUCUUGGCACAGUGAUGACCCUGUACUCCAGGAGGACAUUCAGCAAGGAGAGUUUCCAGUGGACCAAAUGCGUCGUCAAAUAUCUGUGGGACACCUACUCGCAUCUUUCCCUGCAGAUGAUAGCAUUCCUCGUAGAAGUACUGGAGAAGGGCGCUGUGAAUCUGCAACUCCCUGUAUUAUCAAUUCUCCAUUGCAUGCUGUACUACGUGGAGCUGAACGCGCCGCAAGUCAACGCAGACCUCUUGAGAGCUGUCGCGAAGUUUAUCGAUCAGCAGGAGAGUAACAACUAUAAGGAAGCAAUGAAGAUCUUGAAAUUGGUGGUGACCCGGUGUUCUACACUGGUGGUGCCGCCACAUUGGGAACACACGGCCUCUGCUCUCGAUACACUUAUUUAUGGCAAAAAGGAGCUCCCUGGACGCACUAUGGACUUCACGUUUGAUUUGUCACAAACCCCUGUGAUUGGUCGCAAGUAUUUACCGAAGGGUGGCACACAGACUAGCACAGGUGCUGGCCCGCUAUCCAACGUGUCAUCAACUCCUGAAAAAGGUUCUUCAUCUGCGUCAGUGUCAACAGUUGUGGGGCAGGAGACGAACCAGCCGUCGAGUGCUCCACCACCUCAUAACGCCGCGUCACCACGUCGCUCCUUGUCUUUGUCUCCCGCCGACGCGAUGGCCAGCGGAUGGAAACGACCUUGGAUGUCGCAGAGUCGAGUUCGCGAAUGUCUUGUCAAUUUACUGACGACAUGCGGGCAGCGCGUGGGGCUACCUAAGAGUCCAUCUGUAAUCUUCAGCCAGAGCUCGGAACUGCUAGAGCGCGAGUCUUCGAUGGCCUCCUCUCUGGAAGAAGUGUCGGGUACACCCGGCAACGAGCCCUCAGGAGGCGCACCGCCUACUGAUCACUUCGGAGUCUUCAAGGACUUUGACUUCUUGGAGUACGAAAGCGAGAGUAUUGAGGGGGAAAGUUCAGACAAUUUCAAUUGGGGCGUCCGUCGUCGCUUACCGAGCGAAGAGCGCGAGGACGGCGUCGCUCUUGAGCAAAGCGUGCCCCCUCUUGAUGUGAGCGACCGACAGACUCCGAGACAUACACACGAGGACUCCUCCGAUGAAGAGGGAGCGUGGGAGGGGGCACGCGGGGAGGGCGACGGUGCCAAUGAGAACGCGCUGCGGACCAGAGCGCAUUCCUUGUCCAGCGCAUCUAGUGGAGAUCCUGACGGUGAGCGCGGUGACGUCACUCCAGUGCCGGGUGCGCUACGAGAUUCAUGGCGGUGCUCUGUCGCGGCGUUGCUGAGACACGCCACUCACUUGCCGCCACUCAGCCUCGUCCAUCGCCUGCAUAUCGUAGUUAAGGAAGUGACAUCCAAAACAAUAUCCGUUUGUGGUGAGGGCGUGGCGGCUUGUGCGAGCGAGCUAGGAGCCGUAUUGGAGCGUCUGUCGAAAGAAGAGCCGCCAUUGUUGUGGGCGGGGCCAGUGGCUGCGGACUGUUCACGCGUAAGAGACGCGGUGCGAUACGCUGCGCUCGAGUUCAACGAACACCUCGAGACGUACUUCGAGCGGCGAGAGCACGCACUAGAGACGUUGGAGGUAUCACACAACGCUGAGGAGACCGGGCGAUGUCUGUACAAGCUAAUCUUUCAGCUGUUGUUGCUACUAGAAACUAACAACAAAAUGGUUAUGGCUGUCUAUCACGCUGCCGUGGACAACAGGGGUGUGGAAAUGAGUAUUGCAGUGAAGAAAGUACGUGCUGCACUGAUCGCGCACGCAGCCGACUCGUGGGCGGAACAUUCGCCAGCACCGCACGAUGACGCCACACUACUCGGACUAAUACAGAGGCAAAGAUGGGGUGUUGCGCUGGCGUUGGUACGUGAACGAAACGCUGAAAGAAUACUCGAGCGCGGAGAGUUACCAGAAGAUGACGUCACCAGUCUUCUACAUGUGUAUUGCAAAGGACUUGCGCAGACGCAUCCCGAUAUGGUGGCCAUCACGCGUCCAGUGAGUGACCUUUCACAGAACCUCUCCUUCAUGAUGGAGAGUCUCUACAAGGUGUCAGUAGCCCUUCAGCGGACUGACUUCGCUUACGUGUGACCCCAGCCGGAGUCGAACACUCGCCAAUUCUACGGAACUAUGUUCAGAUACACCCGGCUUCAGUAAAAGACAAUUAAUUCUUCAGUAUCAUAUUUAGCUUCGAUUAGCAUCUAACUCUAACACACACGUAAAACUAUUUUGAGUUUACAGACAUGUAUUUAUAAUACUUGGUUUAAAUGUUAUAGAAAUAUAUAUAUAUUGUAAAGCUUUAAUGGUACCCUCGUUAACAAAAUACUCUUAUUAAUGUUGAGGUGUUCGCGCCUUAACAUUAUAACCAUGACUUUUACACACUGGCUAGCGCAUCUGUAGGACUAAGAACGCUUAUAAUUUAUGUUGUAUAUAUUGUAAUUGACAUGUAACUAAUUUGAAUAUGCUUCAGUAUCUGUAGCUGCACUUUACACAGUACCCUCAUUUAAAAAUGUUGGUGUAGAUUUCUCAAAAAAUUGCAUUUCUCACCCCAAACCUUUCUAUACGCACGUAUAGCCGGUAAUUUAUACAGAACGUUGUCAUCCAGUGAAUAUGUUAUAAGUAUUUUAAUGUUUAUAUUUUAAACGGAAAGAAAAUGACGCGCCCGACUGUAAAGGUAUUAUUUUUUGGUCGUUAGUAUUUCGGACAACAUUAGUACAAAGUUGUACAAAAUAGGGCUGUGCGGCGGAUUCCCAAAUUAAAUGUUAUUUUUAUAUUAUAAUAAUAAAUUUAGUUAAUUUAUCGAUUGAAUUUAGUUUAAUAUAAUAUUAUAAAGUGAACUCAUCAAUGAUAUAAUUUGAAUAAUUAAUGAAUGAUUUAUUCGAUUCGAUUCGGAACCUAAUUGAUUUUACAGUAAAUUGUUUUCAACUUGAAAUGGUUAUGGUAUAGCACUUAGGGUCUUGGUCUUAACAAUAAGGGACGAAAGAAGAAAAUUGAGUUUCACAUAGGAAUAACAAAUACAAAUUACAUAUCCUCAAAUCUCUCGGUCUUAAUAAAACCUGUGUUCGGAGAAGAUGUCUGGUAUAAUCAUUAAUUAUAUACUUUUCUGCUUCUCGGACGCUAAACUCUUCAAGGAGCGGUCGUGGUUAUUAUCAAGCGUGUCAGUACAAAUGUGUCAGCCUCAAAAAUUCUCGUCAUUGUGUUAGAGGUUCUUCGAGACGCUGAUCCUAGUUCCUGGAGUAUCAAGAAGUUUGUAUGAAAUUCUAUCGACGAUAUUCCAAGCGUAAUUCCUCCAAUACCACAUCUCCGGAACGUUCAUCCAUUUUUUUUCAACUUCCCGCAACGUCCACGUUUUGGCAGCAUAUAAUUCAAAUAUGGGUAUGGUAUUUUUAUACCAUACCCAUAUUAGUAUAGCACGAGCAUGGUAUUCGUGCGGAUAUUGAUAUAAUACACUUUAUAUAUAUAUACACACACAAAAUGUUGAGAAUUGAUAGGGGAGGAUAUCAGGGAUUUUCUGGUCACAGUGCACACUUUGUAAGAAACAGGAGAUGGAAGUUGAAAGAUUACCGUGACUAUAAAAUGUGGCUCUCCUGGGAGACAGAAUGUGUUUUUCUGAUAAUUGGGAUAUUGCAAAUUUAUUCACGUGAAAAUGAAAUAGUGCAUUUAGAUUGCCGGGGAGACCGUUGUUUGAUUACUACGUGCGUUAGUUUCGUAUCUUCUCAUGUUUCUUAUAAUAAUAUCAUAUUAGGAGGUCUCAUUUGUCAAACUCUACCAUCUUAAGUGCUUACCAAUCAAUAUAUGUGAAAUUAUUAUCCACACUUGUUCCUUAACUUCUUUGUAUGAUUUUCAUAUUUUUAGGAAAGUAACGUAUUGGACGAAUUAACCACUGGACAUGAAAUCCAAGAAAAAUAUUGAAUGGUAUCGCGACUAUCGCCCUCUAUAGAGCGUUAUUUUCAUGUUGAUAAUAAUUACAACUUAUUAUAUAAACAAGUUAUCUUUCUUUGAACAUGUUCGUGUACAAUUUUUGACUAUCCGCAUAUACAAAAGAAAAGAGCACAUUCAACAGAGACAACGUCAUAUUACUACAAAUACUGACGAUAUUACGCUCAGUAUGUAGCUGGAAAGGUAAUAGCGAACACGGCUAUCUUUAAGGUAUUGUCAAACAAAUGCGACACGUGGAGAAUGCGAACCCAAGCGGAGACGUCAAACUACAAAGUAGGACGCCACUCGUGUCAAAGUUUUGUAAGGCUCUAUUUAGUGGUCGACCGACUCGACCGACGGUCACCGCUGACGUCGGUCGAGCGUAGCGCGUACCAUACGCGCAGACCAUGUUGCGUUUAGUGCUUAGUUGACAGCGAACUUGAUGGCGCCUGUACAAUUGCGAAGAAAAAUGAAUCCAUUUUAAACCUCUUUAAUAUGUAUGUAGUAUUUAAGCAAACAAUUAAUAGAAGACGGAGAAGAUAAUUAGCUUACCCAAUUAAUAUAGAGCGUCGAAUUGAAGGAAAAAUUUAUACAAUAUAUUGCCACCACACGAAUUUUUGUUAACGAUUUUUAAUGAUGAUGUUAAACCGCGCGUAGGAUCGGUCGCUCUGUCAGCGUGGCACUGAACGGACUUAGUUAUUGCCACAUUGCGUUAGCGGACUGACGAUUCUCGUCAGCGCGACGUAGCUCUACGUACAUAGAAAUUUAUCAGCGCUGGACUGAACGCGUUCAUAGCUACGCUCGACCGACGUUAGCACUGACCGUCGGUCGAACAGUCGCGUCUCGCAUUAGCUCUCUGUUUGAUGUGAUGCAUACAAAGCCAGCUAAUACAACUAUCUCACGUGCUGUCGUGACACUACAUUGAAACGAUACUAUACAAGAAUAAUGAAAACGCUUCACCACACGUUUGGUUCGCUGUCUAUUUGACAAUAGCUUUAAGGUUAAUUCGUCCAAAGUUAUUCUUUAAUGUACUAAACUUAUGUUUUAUUAUUUUACUCUAGACGAGUUAGUGAAGCUUUAUUAUUAAUAACAUAACUUAUUUAUACAAUUUAUUUUAUCGUCUUUAUUGGUUGUAUAAUGUGUAAUAUUGUUUGAUAUGAGAUCAGAUUUUCGACGGACAUGUUAUAAUAAUUCUAAAUUAAUAGAUUAAUAAUAUAAUCUUAUAUGUAUUAUCUAUAUUGGUAGCGACUACAAAUACCUACUUUUUGCGUUAGUUCGUAGAUAGCGAAAUGCAUAGUGAUUUAAUAUUUUAGCAAAUUAACUUCUUAUCACGUUUGCACGAAGGUUGUUUUUCGGACCGUGGUAAGCUCGUAUUACCCUAACAGUUAUUAAAUGUUAGUGCACUCAUUUUACUGACCAGUUAGUGAUCUCAGUUAGGAUAUUGCGUAAUGUAUUAGGUUCUUAAUACCGCAUUCAUUACUGUUACCAUACCAACCCUACAUAGAGUAACUUAAAAGCAAAGAAACAGUAAUAUUCCGUUUAGGUUUUCAUUCAUGAAAUUAGAUUAAGUUAGUACUAGUUAAAUAUUUCAGUAACGAUGUUUAUAGAAUAUAGAUCAAUAGAACAAUGUUGUCAAUAGUAGCUAGGUUUUGUUACUUCCGGCCUUAGUUCAAGCCAAGUGAAAGAAGCCAAAUAUUAUAUAUUACUUUUAACUGAAGUGCGUUUUUAGAAUAGACUCAAUGAAAUAUUAAAAAUAUGUUUAUGAUAGUACAAUAUCCUGGUUACGAUUCUUCUCCUCAAGUGAUGAAGAGAUGAACGGAACUUAAGAACGUAGAUGAAGCAAAUUCUUUGCCUCAAUAUUCUUUCCAGGAUCAUACUCAUUAAUAUUAUACAACUUCUUCUUAUCUAUUAACUUUCGUAUAAAAAAAAUAGUGAAAAUAUUUCGUUUCUAUAAGAUUAAAUAUAAGUUAAAGUUAAUUCUAAAGUCUCGAAUAUUGAAAAAGAAAUGUUAAGUAUUAUUUCAUGUAAUGUAACAAGAGUAGUUAUAUUAACAAAAUUUUAUUGUUUUCUUUUUUAACAAAUUCUUAUACAAAUUUAUUGUCAUCAACUCAAAUGUUCACUUCCAUAAUACUCGUUAAUAUAAAUUAAGUUCGUUAUAUAAAUUAAGAUCAAAUAAAGUUAGUGGAAUAUUAAUAAAUGAAAAUAUAUAGCGAUUUAUUAAUGUUAGUUUAAUACUAUAUGUUAAUACUAGUUGCACUCUCUUUGAUAUAUAGCUACUUCAACUACAUCACAUAUUUCUGCUACGGAUUUACGGAGAUGUAAAGUUUAUGUCGUCACUUAUUUAUACAAGCAGAUUUUCUGUUUUAGAUUAAUUAAAUUUAUAUUGCUUAUAAUAUUGUUGUGUAGUUUUACACAGUAUGCUUUAUGCGAUUCCCAAUAAUUAUUCAAGGUAUAUAUUGCAAGUAAAGGUACCGUACUCAAUUGGACCUAACCAUGACUAUUAUACAUAUAUAAUCAGAAAUGUAAGCAAUUCAAUCAAACAUUCCUCCAAUUAAUUCGGCGGCAUCAUCCGCUUAGACUUGUGGUUAUAUAUAUACUAGAAACAGUUUCGUACAUCGAUGUCUUACUGCCUGUCCCUGUCGCGUACCUACAAAUAAUAUUGCCGUCUCACUCACCCUGAUGUGGGUGAACCCAUGGCUCUACCCUUUACCCAGUCAAAUUUUAUUUCAUAGAGCGACAAAGAUCACAGAUAGCAAAAAGGCUUCUCUUUUUAUCGCAUCAAUUUAUAUUGCUUUUUAUUUCUAGUUUCAACCUUAUUCUAUUUUAAGGUACGGCUCGACACUUCUAGAAUUGUUUUUUUUUAAAUGGCCUGGAGAUAAUUUUUGGGAAUAGGCAAAAUUAUACACAGUAAUAGUUGUUUGCUGCACCAUGACAAUUAUAUUAUUCAUACCUUUCGUGAUUAUUUUUGAUAUAUUUAGCUUAUUUUUCUCUAAUCGCCAGGCGCUCUAUAGUUAUUUGUGAAUUAAUACUACUAAAGUGAUUUUUUUUUGAUUGAAUAAAUAUUUUUGUUUCCGAAAA